AAAAAAGGCAAAAGGCCUCAUGCUUCAUGCAAUGUUACUCGAGAGCCCCGAGCCAAGAUCUGUUUUAUGAGUUUUUUUUGUUUGUAUAAAUAUAUGACGACCACUAUACUAUCCUUGGCUCAUGCCUCGAUCUGACAAAUAAAAAAAAGAACGAAAAGAAGAGUGUCGAUCUAAGAAUUAAGAUCAUGAUGAGUUCAAGUAUACGGAAAGAAGUGGGUUUUGUGGGUUUAAUCAUAGUGUUGGGUAUAUUGAUAUUCAUGCCCAAAAUUGCAACUAGUUCUAAUAACCAAAUUAAGGAAAAGUUGUUAAGAUUCAACAAAAAUGGAGAAUUCAAAAUACUUCAAAUCUCAGAUAUGCACUACGCCAAUGGUAAAGCCACUGCUUGUAGAGAUGUGUUCCCCUCUGAAUUCCAAACAUGCUCUGAUCUCAACACCACUGAUUAUUUACGCCGUUUCAUUCACGCUGAAAACCCCGAUCUAAUAGUUUUCACGGGUGACAAUGUUCAUUCAAUGGAUGCCGAUAACUAUAAUAGAUCCAUGGACGAGGUAUUUGCACCCGCAAUAGAAUCAAACAUCCCAUGGAUUGCUAUACUUGGCAACCACGACGUGAAUACACUGGUUACUGGAAUCCCAAGACAAGCUGCGAUGGAACACAUUGUGGGAAUGAAGAACACAUUAUCCCUUCUCAAUCCUUCAAAUCUUGAAGAAGAUGAGUUGAUUUGGGGAUGGGGUAAUUACAACUUGGAGGUAGCUGGUGUUGAAGGUUCCCCUCUUCAUAACAAGUCUGUCUUAAACCUUUAUCUCCUUGAUACCGGUGAGUACACUUACAGCUUUGUUCCCACUUUUUAUGUGGGAUAUGAAUGGAUCCAACCAUCUCAACAAUCUUGGUUCCUUCGCACUUCUAAACAACUUCAAGAAGCUUAUAUGAGCGAACCAAUACCCCAACAAGAACCUGCUCCAGGGUUGGUAUUCUUCCACAUCCCUCUACAAGAAUUCAACAACAUUAGUAAGUCAGAAAUGGUGGGUGAAAAACAAGAGUUUGUGCAUUGCUCAGGUGUAAAUUCAGGCUUCUUUGACACAAUGAAUGCAGCAGGGGAUAUUAAGGCAGCUUUUGUAGGACAUGGUCAUACCAAUGACUAUUGUGGUAAGCUUUGUGACAUUCAACUUUGUUUUGGUGCUGGGUUUGGGUACCAUGGAUAUGGUAUUGCUGGUUGGCCCAGGAGGGCCAGAGUAAUUAAUGUUAAGUUGGAUAAAACUCAAGAUGGUAAUUGGGGUCCUGUUAACUCUAUUGUUACCUGGAAGCGACUACAUGAUGAUCGCCUAACUGUUAUAGAUCCUGAAGUUCUUUGGACCUCUAUUGGUCGAGAUCAAUCUGUCUCUUUCUAUAAACCGAUUAUGAGCGAAUAACUUGUGUAAGCUUAUCUGCUGUUGCUGAUGCUGAUGGAAACAUUCUCAGAUACAGAUACAUAAAGACGUAGUAUUAAACUACCAGUUUUUAAGUUAUAAAUGAGAUUUGGUAGUGUUUGAUAAACACCUGGGUUCACAAAUUCUUAUUUACAAUGGGUGUACAAUAAAUAUUGUACAUUGAAGUAAAAGUUAACUCAAAAUGCUUAAAAGUUAA